AUGUCUGCACACCUCGAUUUUGAAAAAGCAAACGAGAAAUACGUCGCUGGAUUCGGCGACAGGGCACAUUUGCCCAUCCACCCAGGCAAGAAACUUGCAGUCGUUACUUGUAUGGAUGCUCGCCUGAAUGUCUUCGGACACCUUGGCAUCAAGGAAGGAGAGGCUCAUAUUAUCCGCAAUGCUGGUGGCGCCGCCAAAGAUGCUCUGCGUAGUAUCAUCAUAUCACAGCGCUUGCUGGGCACUCGCGAGAUCGCUGUGUUCCAUCACACCGCGUGUGGCAUGCUCACGUUCUCUACCCCCCAGCUGCGCACCCUUGUCAAAGAAUCUGACCCGACCAACGUUGCGCUCAAUGCAGUCGAUGAUGUCGAUUUUUUGGAGUUCGGUGAUCUGGAGAAGAGCGUCAGGGAGGACGUGACGUUCCUCCGAGAGAACCCCCUUGUCUUGCCCGAGACGAAGAUAACAGGGUGGGUGUACGAAGUCGAAACUGGCAAGGUGAGACAGAUUGUCUAA